AUGACUCUUUUCUGGCUCCAGGAAAACAAGGACAGGAAGGACCAAGCUGCAAAGGCAGAAAAAAGGAAGAAACAGUUAGAAGAAGAAGAGGCUAAGAGACAAAAGGGAGACAAUGGGAAGAUCAUUAAGAAAGGGGCUGUGAAGCAGGACGACGUGUGCAUUGUUGAUGCCCUGCUAGCUGACAUACGGAAAGGUUUCCAGUUGAGGAAAACGGCUAAGAACAAGACUGAUCAGGAUACUGCUCCUAAAGCCUCACCUGCUGAAACGCCAAAGGAGAGAGAGCCUGCAGUGGCAGCAGCGAAGGGAAGUGCCCAUGAGACCAAGCAAAAGGAUGCCAGCCAUCACGCAGAAAAGACUCCGGCCUCAGAAGCUGCCGACACUGUGAGGGUUCCGGGUACUGUUGCCACAGAGACACCAGCUUCUAACGAAGUGCUUCCAAAAGGAAAUUCACCACAACAGCCCUGUACUGAUAGCAGCUCCUUAUCUUCAACUGAAGUUGGAGGAGUCCAUCAGUCCAUCAAUGGUGGCGUGAGUAUUCAGGAGAUCAAUGGCUCAUGUAGCUCCCAGGAGAACGCAAAACACAAUGCCAUUGUGUUUGCGCCAGUUAACCCAGGAACAAUUAUAAAGUUUGCAAGCAGCUAUUCAGGCAACUGUACUGACUUAGGAGAGGAAUUGAACAGAUCCACCUCAGGAGACAAACACAGUGAAUCUGGACCCACGCACUUAGAAGGAGGCCCAGUGUCUAAUGAACAAACGUCUCAACCAAGAGAUGCAGUUGGGAACAAGGCUAAAACCAGAGUUGAACUAGCACCUGGCAGUGCUGAAAAGACUCCAACUAAUGAGUUGAGUUCUCAGCAUACCGGGUUAAGGCAGGCAGAGAGAGAAAACGACGACCAUGCCGCAGACUCAUUGCUGGACACCUCACAGGAGAUAUCUUUUGCCGAAGAGCCAGUGACUGAUUCUUCUUGCUCAGCAACAGUCCCUCCAGCGCAAGCACGUAUGGACAAGGAAGGGCAAAGAGGGUCUGGGAAACGGAGAAGGAAGAAACGGUCCACCAAAAGCCAGUCAGGUGUCACAGCAAAGCAGAAGAAUAAAUAAUGAAGAGUCAGUGAAACACCUAUAAAUCCAUGUAAUGCUGCCAUUGUCUAGAAGGCACAUUCCACAGUGUUGAAAUUCCAUUCUUGAUAAUGUUUGUAGUAAUACUUUCGGAAUGUCAAGUUUCUUCUAAAAUGGUCUUUCACUAAUCCUUCCUUGGGGAUUCAGGGUACCCAGCAAAUAACCGCCAGAUGCAAGAGACCUCCAGAAUGUGCCUUAUGUGAAUGCUGCAAGGGUCUGGUGCUGAAAACCUCCAUGCCCAGAACUUCUGUGGAAGCUGACGAGAGAUUCAUGUGUUGUGGGCUAAUAGGAGUAGGACUCUAAUAAACUUCAUUUGGGGGCAAAUUUUGCAAUCUCUUCCUAGGCCAAGCUCUUAUUGGCAACCAUGAAGGUAUGAUCUGCAUGAUGACUGCAGCAUUUUACCCCUUGAGUAAUUUUAACAACAUCAGUGCGACAAAACUGAAUUAUGGGUAAAACUAGGCACUGUCACCAGCAUCUGACUGGAAAUUGUUACUUCCUAUUCCAGUGGCCUACCAACAAUUGGAACUGAUAUUGGACCAAAUAUAAGACCUAAUUCAGAUGAACACACUUUCCCUUGCUAACAUUUUAAACAGGGGCUAUCUGUUAAAGGAAAAUAUACUCAAUAGCUGGGUGUACGAACACUAAAGACUUGUCUGUGUGGAGAGUUAGUUCGUAUUAAGUUGGAGUUUAAAUGUACAGUGCACUGGCCAGCUGUUCACUAACUAGUCAUAUAGACCCUGGGACCAUACAUUAGAAGUUUUACAGUGCACUUUGAUUUACUCCAGUUUCAAAUAGGAGUAGAUCAAAGUGCACUACGGAACUUCAGUGGAUAUUCAAAGGUUCCACAAUGCCAAUAAGUGUGAGUGACAGACUGCCCUCCAGCUUGCUGCAUGCUAACUCUUCAGAGAGACAAGUCCUAAUGCCUAAAUCUUGCAAAGACUUAAAUACGCAUUAAUUUUUAGCAUGUGACUAAUUCCAUGGAGUUCAAUGAAACUUCCUAUAUGCAUAAAGUUAGACACAUACAUAAGUCUUUGCAGGACAGGGGUCAAGAGUAUCUAUUUUGUUAAAGAAACAGGAAGAGAUUUUUUCUAGGUGAUCCAUUCCAAAUACUUUAACUAAUAUUAUUUGGCAAAUCUCUGGUUUGGAAUAUUUAUUGCCUGCCGCAUGCGCUCAAAGGCAUUUGGACUCAAACUACAGAAUAUUUAGAGUCUCUUUCAGUUUAAAAGCUAGUUAUGCAAUUUGUGCUUUAAAACCGAGAACCUGCAGAAUUUUAUGUUAAGAAGAAAUCAGAGCUUUAUUUCUGAAUUAUGUUUUGUAAUAACCUUGUACCAUAUAAUUUUGUACAUUGCUGUCAGUUUGAAAUUCUGUGUUUGUUCAAUCUGUAUUGCAAUGUUAGAUUGCAAUGGGAAUGGUGUAGAAAAUCAUUACUUUUAGGAGUCAUGCCUAUAUGCAGUAACAUGCUGAGCAUAUAUAAUAGUGUUCAGGUUAAACUAUUUUGCAUUGCUUAAUAAGACUUGAUCAAGGGUCACUUAUUAGCAUCUGUACUGGACAAAGUUCAGAAUUAAAACAGUGGCUACCUUUACCUCAAAACUUUGCUUUGAGGCUGUGAAAAUUGGUUAAUGACAGCAAUUAACAGUGUAGAAUGAACCAGAACCAUUAUCAGAUUUGGCUGAGGAAAUUCUUUGUAGCAGUGUAGCUAGGGUUGCCAGGUGUCCAGUUUUGAACCGGACGGUCCAGUAUUUGAGCUUUCUGUCCAGGAAACAAAUUGAGAAAAUGUAAAUGUCUGUUAUUUUCUAAAUAAGAUGAAAUGUAGAUUGUGUUGUAAUGUCAAGUGUCUCCAGUAUUUUUGUUGAAACUAUCAGGCAACCCUAAGUGUAGCACAGCAGCAUUUGAAAUCAAGUUCACCAUUGUUGUAAGCAUGUAGAGCAGCGGUUCUCAAACUGUAGGUUGUGACUCCAUUUUAAUGAGGUCGCCAGGAGCUGAAGUCCUGUGGCUUAAUCUCCUUCUCUCCCUUCUGGGGUAGUGAGGCUCGGGCUUUCCCACACACACACCUGGGGCAGUGGCUCUCAGGUGGCCUCAGGUUUCGGUCCCCACUCCUGGGGCAGUGAAGUAAUUUUUGUUGUCAGAAGGGGGUUGUGGUGCAUUGAAGUUAGAGAACCUCUGAUGUAGCAAUUCAUUAACUUCAGUGGAACUGCACUAUCAGCAGUGAGCGUGACCCUUAGUAAUGAGAAAACACACAUAUACACACAGGCUACGUCUACACUGGCCCCUUCUUCGGAAGAGGCAUGCUAAUUUCGAACUUUGGAAUAGGGAAAUGCGUGGGGGAUUUAAAUAUCCCCCACGGGAUUUAAAUAAACGUGGCCGCCGCUUUUUUUCCGGCUUGGGGAAAAGCCGGAAAAGAGCGUCCAGACUGGCGCAAUCCUCUGGAAUAAAGCCCUAUUCCAAAGGAUCCUUAUUUUGGUCCUGUCUGAAUUUCCACGAGGUGUACCGGUAGUUCGGAGUAGGAACCUAGUCCGAACUACCUAGUUCGAGCCCCGUGUAGCCGCGCUACACGGGGUUCGAACCAGCGGGG